AUGUUCCGACAUAGCGUGCAACACGCGCACACAUACGCAUGCAGACAGAACAACAUCAGACUGCUUGUGGACAAGUGGCUGAAUCUUCCUGACAGGCCUGUCUGGAAGGGAAAUAAAGGAGACGGUGGGAGCAGAGAUGGAGAGGGAUGGAACGUGAGAGAGGAGGAGAUGGGGUGGAGACAUGAUAAGAGUGAAAGAUGGUGGAAAGAGGAGGAGGGAGAGGGGAAGGGAGAAGAGAAGGAGGGGAAAGAAGGAAGAGUCGCAUUGUCACAUGAGGGAAGGGGAGUUGCAGUUGGCAGACAGCAGCUGGAGGGUAUGAUCAACUCAGCUGACACAUCGGUUUAUAUCAGCGCAGAGUGGUAG